AUGUUCUCCUCCAUCCGAACUCUCUCGACUUUGGUCGCUGCUGUUGCACUCGUCAUCGCACCUGCCUUCGCUGCACCUGCACCUGCACCAGUACAACUGGCCGCCGAUGCUGCCGCUAGCCCAACCGAAACCGUCUCAGGUGGAGGCGUCGUCAUCACCGCGACUCGCGUCCUACAAACCAUUGUUCCAUACUCACCCUACAUCACCUCGACGACGGUGACCGUGGUAUGGACACAAUUUCCGGACGACAAAUCCCCGAAGCCCAGUGCCGGUGCCAGUCCUGCUUCUUCCUGA